GAAUUUGCCAGUCAGGCUCACACUAGCAAGGCAACACACAACACGGGUUAGGCUUUUACAUACAGCAUUUGAAGCGUUUCAACUUCCAUGUGAAAAAUUGGACUUGUAUACUGUAUAAACAGACCGAGUCAGAGGCUAAAUUGGGGAGCAUGCAUUACAGUUUCACUCUGAAAUAACAGCUGAAAGUAACACUCCUGCCUCCAUUGGACACCAGCUUACAAUGACCCCACAGAUGGGGAUCCUGCUUCUGGCCGUGCUGGGCCUGAGCACAGCGCUCAUCUGUCCUGAUGGUGGCAUGUGUGAGGAGAAGAACACUUGCUGUGAGAACCCUUCAGGAGGGUAUGGCUGCUGUCCUCUAUCAAAUGCUGAGUGUUGUUCAGACCAUCUGCAUUGCUGCUAUGAGGGAACAGUGUGUGACCUGGUCCACUCCAAAUGCCUCAAUAAGACGGUCUCCCUGCCCUGGGUGAGGAGAGUCCCUGCCCAACAGACCAUGCUGAUCUUUCAGUCCGAGUGGGGAGUGAAGGCAGUCGUUUGUCCAGACCAGAAGUCAGAAUGUCCGGAUGACACCACCUGCUGCCAGCUUCCUGACAGCUCCUGGGGCUGCUGUCCGCUGGCCAAGGCGGUGUGCUGUGAGGACAAGCUCCACUGCUGUCCAGAGGGGACAAAGUGUGACCUCACUCACUCAAAGUGCUUGUCUGCUACGCUCGAAUCCUUCCCCAUGCUGAAGAAACUGCCUGCCAGAAGGAGAACAGCUGAGCCAGUUGUUAGCUUGUCAUCUGUGACAUGCCUUGAUGGGAGCAGCAGUUGCCCAGACACUGCCACCUGCUGUCUGCUAGCCAGUGGAGACUAUGGCUGUUGCCCUUACCCAGAGGCUGUGUGCUGUAGUGACCAUCUCCACUGUUGCCCUGCGCACACAACUUGUGACCUGGAGCGUGAGGUGUGCAAGUCUGGUGAGACUGAGAUCCAUCUGGUCAAAAAGAUCCCUGCUCUCCCCAAUGAUGUGAAAUGUCCAGACAAAGAGUCAACAUGUCCUGAAGAAACCACAUGCUGCAAAAUGGCCAAUGGCACAUACGGCUGCUGCCCCAUGCCCAUUGCGGUGUGCUGUUCUGACCAGAUCCACUGCUGUCCUGCCGACACCGAGUGUGACCUGGUCCACAGCACCUGUGUGUCGGCUCAAGGAGAGACUGUGAUGGCCACUAAAUUAUCUGCUGUUGUGACAGCGACCUCCAUGGCAACGAGGACAGUUGGUGCGGUGCCUUGCAAUGACUCGGUAGCCUGCGCUGAUGGAAGCACCUGCUGUAAAUCGUCAGAGGGGGAAUGGGCUUGUUGCCCCUUGCCCAAGGCGGUGUGCUGUGAGGACCACAAGCACUGCUGUCCCCAUGGUACCAUCUGUAAUAUGGCAGCAUCCACAUGUGACGACACCUCUGGCAAUGCUGUGGUGCCCUGGGUGAGCAAGGUGCCCGUCUUCAGCCAUCUGACGGUCAGCAUCAAGUGUGACGAAUCCACAGUGUGCCCAGGAAAAACCACCUGCUGCAAAAUCCCUACUGGAGAUUGGGCCUGCUGCCCGCUGCCUGAGGCUGUGUGUUGUGAUGACCACAUGCACUGCUGCCCAAACAACACAGUGUGUAACCUCUCUGCUGAGACCUGUGACGACCCCUUGGGAUUAGUGCUAUCUCUGCCAUGGGCUGCAAAGGUGCCUGCUCUCACCAUGGAAGAGCAUGAUGAGAAGUGCGACAAGGAAACAAUGUGUCCAAAGGGCAGCACCUGCUGCAAGCAAAACACUGGGCAGUGGGCAUGCUGCCCCUUACCACAAGCUGUGUGCUGUAAUGAUCAUGAGCACUGCUGCCCCAAAGGCUACACGUGUAACGUGAUCCAGAAAACUUGUGAUAAGCCUGGUGAUCUCAGCCUCCCCUGGGUACAGAAGCUACCAGCCUUGCAGAGGGUGCUGACCAAGGCUGUUGCAAGUGCACCUCGGCUAGCCAAGAACAUCUGUGAUGCCCACACAAGCUGCCCCAAGGAUACCACCUGCUGCUUCAUGAACAAGGCCCAGAAGUGGGGCUGCUGCCCUCUUCCAAAUGCAGUCUGCUGUCAAGACGGAGACCACUGCUGCCCCAGCGGCUACACCUGUGACUCCCGCCGAUCGUCGUGCUCCAAGGGCCGCCAUGUCAUGCCCUGGUACACCAAAGAGAGAGCCCUGUCUCCGCCCGGCAUGCUGGGGGAUGUCAAAUGUGACAACAAGAGCAGCUGUGCCUCGGGGACAACCUGCUGUAGGCUGCCAACAGGAGAGUGGGGUUGCUGCCCUCUGAUCAAGGCGGUGUGCUGUGAGGACCAUGAGCACUGCUGUCCUCAGGGCUACACCUGCAAUAUGCAGACUGGAACCUGCGAGAAGAAGUUCGAGGUGGUUCUCGUCCGCAAAGUUCUAGAGUCCAGGCAGAGAGAUGUCAACGAGGACGUGCCAUGUGACAUUACAGGGGAAUACCACUGCCCCCAGCAUGAGACCUGCUGCAAGACCUCGGCCACAGAGUGGGCAUGCUGCCCCUCUCUCAAAGCUGUAUGCUGUGCCGACUCAAAGCACUGCUGUCCCAGAGGAUACUCGUGCGACCUGGCGGCUGGAGGGUGCAUCCAGCAGACCCCGCCAACCUGGGACACUUUCCUCUCGCACAGAAAGAGAGACUCUGCUCCCCUCGAACUUUAAUCCCGACAAGAUGAGGUGAUCUUGUCUAGGCCUCCUUCCACCAUGUUCAUCUGCAGUAGGAAGUAGCUACAGCUGUGAGGUUCAGCUGUGUGUAAUGAGAGGGCCACGUAUGUUCAGGUUUUCAUUCCAUCCAAAACGUGGCACCAGCUCAUUUCUCAUUUCAGUGGGUAGCUUACCAUGAGCUCGAUGCCCUUAACUAAUGUAGGACAUACCCCGGUGUAGUUUGUUUGGAAUGAAAACCUCCACGUAGCUUUUGGUAACUUAUAGUAGAGGAUUUCAAAUCUAUAUACAAGGGUCAUAAUGAGGUUUUUUU